AUGGCUUCCUCUUCCAUCACCAAAUUGAGCCUGAAACUUCUCAUUGACACGAAGCGUGAGAAAGUUCUGUUCGCUGAAGCAUCGAAAGCGGUCAUAGAUUUUCUCUUUAACUUGCUGUGCUUGCCUGUUGGAGCUGUAGUAAGGCUCCUAAACAAGAAUGGCAUGGUUGGUAGCAUAGGCAAUCUCUACGAGAGUGUUAAGAAUCUCGACGAGACAUACAUGCAACCGAACCAAGAUAAGGAUGUUCUCUUGAAACCAAGAGCUCCUAUCUCUUCAACUGAAAUUUCUGGCCUUCUUUCCUCAAAUGAGGACAAUGCUGAUGGCAAUUUAGAAACUUCAUUCUACAUGUGCCCUUGUCGCUGUAACUACAACGUGACAUGUGUUAAUAACACUCCUUGUCCUCAGUGCAGGAGGGCUAUGAAUGCUGAAGUAAGUUAUGUUGGUAGGAAGGUUGCGGAGGAGAGAUUUUCCGAGAAUGGGUUUGUUAAAGAGGUGGUAACUUACAUGGUGAUGGAUGAUUUGGUUGUUCAGCCCAUGUCAACCAUAUCAAGUAUUACAUUGCUCAACAAGUUCAAUAUCAAAGAGGUUGGUAUUUUGAAGGAAAGGGUGGUUGAGAUGGGGAUGACUGAGGGAAUCAAUCUGCUGAAGGCUUCUCUUCAAUCCGAGUCUGUUUUGACAAGUGUUUUUCUCAAGAAGAAUAAGGGAGCACAAGGAUUCAAAUGA